GUGCAGUCCAUUGCAUCUUUGGGCUGCAGUGCCUUCUUGGCAUUGUGUUUCUACUCAUUUCAUGGAGGUGCUUUCUAGAAGCAUUGGCAGCAUGCGCAGGAAAGCGGAGGCCACUGGCCGCCCGCAUUCCCUGGCACUGGCCGGUUUGAUCCUCGCAGUCCUGACGCUCGGCCGUUCGCUUUACUCACCGUGUGUGCGCCGGCUCUUUCGCAAUGUAGCGUUACCUGGCAUCCCUGACCCUGUGGCGCCGACGUAUGCCAGCUGUUCGGAUGCUGAUCUUACGGCACAUGUCAGCCUCGUUGUGACUGUGAAAGAUACUUGCGGCCAGUUCGAAGAACUCAUGGGCCACCUUGCCACAAUGUUUCCAAAGGAUAUGAACGUCUACUAUGCUUAUCCCAACAUUCGCGGCUGCCGCAACAUUGAGACUGGAGCCAUUGGCGCACGUCUCUUUAGCAACUACACAGAGGUGGCGGUGGGAAACGCUGAUGCCCCCAUUGCCGGCUUUCUGAAGAUUCAGCCCCUGCUGAAGACCAAGUAUGCGGUGCUCAUGCACAAUGACGCUUACCCAAUGGAACGAGAUUUUGCAUGUGAGCUGUUCCGGGCGCUGGAGGCUAACCCGCACUUCCCCAUUGCAGCACCGCAGAUUUAUGAGGCCGCUGGUGAUCGAAUCAUCGUGCCGCAUGGGCACCACCAGAACUUGCAUGUGCGGCCUUCCCCGACCAGCAGCAAUGGCUAUCGUAUCGAUUACGACCUGAGCUUGAACUUGCUGACGCAGAGGAAGCCAGAGGACUUCAAGGAGGGCCCGCAGGUUGAUUUCUUGGAGGACCAUGCUUUCUUCGCACGCAGCGACAGGUAUCAUGAGCUUCUGGACCCAGCUGGAUCGUUCACCCUGGAGUACAUGGACAUGAUCCUGAACAUGCGAUCUCGAAACACUUCGGCUUGGUACGUGCCGACAGCACGUUGCAUCUUCGACGUAGACACAGCAAAGGUCCGCUGGGAGGAUGUGCCAUACCUGGUCUACAAGCGGGGUGAACAGAUCGGCCACCAGGUUCGUAACUACCUCACAAACAAGUGGGGUGUUGAGUUUGUCAACACUGGUAUUUGGAACUAUGUGCGAUAUGUGAUGCUGGCAGAUGUGGUGAUCCGCGACGGCCUGCCCAAGGAUUGGAAGGAUCAGGCAGCUGUGUUCUAUAGCUGGUUCGAGUCGGUGGGCUUUAACCGGUACAACGGUGAGUACUUGCCGCAGUUCAUCGAGGAUCCUCAGCCCGGUGUCGUGAACGUCUCCCGCACCAUGAAGUGGACCCUGCCCACGGACGUGCCAGCACACCGUGUGCCGCCGAAGAGCGCCAUGGAGAUUCUUCCCAAGCAGCCGCGGAAGAAGGUUGGUGCAAUCGACAUCUCCUUCAAAGAGCCUCAUUUGCCCAUUGGUGUCAGAAAGAGCAGCUGCAAUGCUCAGCAGCCAGACAGCUACCGAGAGUGUGGCAUGGCUGUGCAGGAUGGUGACGAAUGCACCUGUUUCACCUAUGUGGUCCCAUUCAAUCUCAAGACAACCCUGUACUUGGACAAGCUGAUGGCGUGGAUGAAGCUUCCAGCCCGGGCCUUCAUGUACGGCCAGAUGAAGUACUGGACCGUGCCCAUUGACCAGAGCAAAGUGGAUUUCUACUGCGACCCCGAGCAGGAGGACUGCCAGUUCGAGGUGUCCUUCUCAGAGAACGCCAAGAUUCUCCAGUGGUCGUGGUUUGGCGAGUGGGACAAGACCAAAUUCACGCCUGAAGGUAUUGCAAUUGGCUUGGUCUUGGCCACCUUGAUCUUUGCGCCAAUCGCAGUUUCUAAGGAACGUCGCUCUUCAAAAAAUGUGGAGGGCAAAAUCAUCAGGGAAAAGGACCAUCAAAAGACGAUGUAAAGCCGUGGGGAGCAUUUUGUCGAGCUCUUCAUCUAUGGCUGAUUCUCCCUCUCCGAGUUGCAACUUUUCCAGUCCUCUUGUUGUGCACUGGCCCAGAUGACUUUUGAUCCAGUGCUGGUUUUAUACCAGCCUGGUGGGGGAGAAAAGCCGAGAUGGGCCGCCCAAAUUCGCAACGUUGCACAGACUGAAUGCGAGUUCAAAAGGAGCAGGUCCACAA